AUGGCGCGUCGUUUCUGCACGUCGCAGCCUGGAGAACCAUCUGAAAAUUCAGAUCUCCAUGAUCUCCCGGUCCCUAGAUCCUUGUGGUCACCUGCCCCCACCAUGAUUUCAUUCUAUGAAGAGCGAGCUCUACUGGAAGAUCCCUGCAGUUGGUUGGAAGGCUGGAUUUUUCCAUCGCCUGAGCCACUUCUUUGCGAACGCCUCCGCGAGUUGCUCCAGGCACACCUGGCCUGUCGAACCUCCUUCCACCUGGGUGCGACCACUGGCCGAGCCCACUUCUGCCCCGUCGCGUGCUGGUGUGAGACGGGCGGAGGCGGGUCAGAGCCGUGGCCGCCUUGGGAUAGGUCCUUCACAGCUCCUCCGAUGGUCACCUGGGACCACUGUGGCCUGGCGCUUUGUGCCCACCCCGCCGCGCUGGAUGCGGCCGCCUGCGCGCGGCUGCGGCGGCUCAUGGUGGACGGCGCACGGAUCUCAUGGCCGCCUGCGGUGGACCGGGCGGAUGUGGCAUGGUGGCAGCAGCGCUUGGUGCGCAGUUCGAAGGUGCAGGCAGCCGUGAAGAGGCAGGUCGCGAGGUUGGAGGCCUUUGGAGCCGAGUUGGAGGCUGUGCCGCAGCGAGCCGAGUGGAGGCCCGUGGAGACGAGGCGUUUGGACACGGCGGAACUGGCAGAGCUGGAUGGAAUGGCAAGAGAGCUGAACGUGACACGCUUUGAUUUGCUGGUGACUUUCUUGGCAGUCUUGCUGAAGAAGGCCUUUAAGGGGAAUCUGGUGAUUGCAAUCCCGCAGGAGGCGGGCUUUACAGACAUGUUACCCCAGACCUUGGGGUGUUUUACCGACCACUUGCUGCUUUGUGUGGAUGUGCCUUCGCAGCAGCGCGUGGGCGAGGUCGCCCGCGUCGUGCACGCCGCGCUUCAACUGGGGCGCCGGGACUCCGCAGCGCCGACGGUCGAGGUGCAGCGCGAGUUUCGCCGAGCACGGUCGGGUGGCAAGGGCGGUUGGUUGCGGCAGGCCAGGUGUCAGCUGCGCCAGGUGGAGCCAGAUGCUUGGACCCAGGGGUGGCCCCCGAAAGCGGACACAUGCUGCCAACUUCCGGGUCACGUGGAGCUCCGGUUGGACAUCCUUCAAGCGGAAGCGGAAGUGCAGCUGAUGCUUUGCGCGGCCGACGCUGGAGAUCUUCUCCAAGACUUUCAGAUGCUUCUGCACAGGCGAGCUGAGACCGUGGGGGAGCUACUGGAGCCUUCGCCUGAACUGGCCUGCCAGUUGCGGGCACUGGUCAGCAAAGCCCUUCCAGAUCCUGAACAAAUGACCGACCAUGUGCCUUUGGAAUGCUUGGGCAUGGAUUCCGUGUCCACGGUCUUUUUGAAGGGCCAACUCACUGAGCUCUUUGGCGCUCUCCCUGCCCUAAAGCACUUCGACCACCUGUGGAGCUUUCACCAGCUGUGCCGAGCGCUGGACUGCACCAAAGAGGCCGUGGACAGGGAGGUCUGGCCAAUGCGGGCGCGCUUGGCCACGGAAGAGGACUGGCCGCAGCUGCGGCAGAUUUGGAGGGAACAUCAUCACUUGGUGGAGAUGGUGGAUGAAACCAGCCAAGUGGUCAUCACAGGCCCACCCGCCUGGUUGGCCCUGCUUCUGGGCCUCUGGGGCCUGUGGAGUCUUUGGAGCACCGACGCUUCGCUGGACGCUUCGCCGGACGCGCCGCUCCCACUCCGGGCGGCAGCGGGCUAUGCACUGCUGGCGCUGCUGCAGCAUCCCUUGCACUGGCUGAUCGCCUGGAAUAUUUUGGCCUACGACCUUCGCUGGGGAGAGCUCCGCUCCCUAAAGGCCUGGACCUCACGCGGAUCGGACGUGCACGCGGCGGUCCUGCUGGUCGAGGCGGUGCCCGGGGCGCCGCUGCCUCCGGCGGACGGCGUGCUUUGUGUGAAGUGCCACCGGCAGGUGGCCAGCUUGUGGCAUGCGGCGGUGCGGCCGGCGGCACGCAACACAGGUGCCAGCUCAGCACUGCUGGGGCUGGCAGAAUCCUGGGCGCGAGAGGCUGGUGCUAUACGCCUGGAGGCGGUUUGUUUGAAUCCUGCCGCCAAGGCCGGGGUCAUGGUUUGCACACUCUUCAGUCGUCGCUUGGAUGUGGGUGGCACCUGCGUCACCAAGAGUCGUGAACUGGGGAGCGGCCUGUUGGAACAAUCACUUGGAGCUGUGCAACCCACGCUGGGGCAAGUGGCCACUGAUGCCGGCCUUCUUUCGGAAGCAGCUGGGGAAAGCGAACCGGGGAGCAAAAAGGAGCAUCAUGGAGUCGGUCAAUGGGACUUCUUCCCAACCAUGUCUGCGAUGGCACGACCUGUUGCGGACGGUGGAUGGACGAACUGCAAUUCAUCCAGCAACGAGUCGUUGGCCACAGCGCCUUCGUGCCGAGGUGGCGUGGUGCUUGAGGAAAUUCUCCUUGAAGCACGGGCGCCCGGAAGACCGGAGGAAGACAGGGCAGCCGUUUGGGAGAGCAAAGUCUAA